UUUCAAUUACUCGCUACCGUGUGGUUUGAAAUGCAUGAUUGUAGCUCUGUGUUCCUAAUUCCAGAUAGCGUUACAUGCCAGCCUUCAAAGUGUUCUUUGAUUAGACUGAAACAUCCAAGAUCAGAUUUACCUUGUUUGUAUCUGUGGGAUGGUCAGUCUUCAGAGCUUUUCGAAAUUCAGAAAAUCGACGAAAAAUGUCGGUCUUGGAUGCUUGGUGAAAAUAUCAAAUCUGGUAUAUAUAUUUAAAUAUAUGUUAUAUGAAGACAUGUAGAUGGUGGGAUGUACGUUUGUAAUCGAAUUGACCCCCUCUUCUUCUUCAUAUCAUUCUGCAGAAAAAAUGACAAGUUUAUUUCAUGGGAUGCUAUUUUGAGUGAAAUUGGUGGAUGUUUCGAUGUCUUCAGCAACAUUCCCAACAUGGAAAGUCGUCUUGAAGAAAUUUGUGACAAAAGGUGUAUCGGUAGUUUAUCUGUUUAUCGGUUAAAUGAAUCUAAGACGAUCGAGUGGUUGUCGAAUAGAGUAUCUGCUGUUUAUAAGGCUUCCUACAACUGCAAGAAUCCUGUUUUAGUUUCUCAACUUCGAUUAAUCGCUACUAGUUCGUCUUCUGAUCAGUACGAUGGAAAAAGUGAAGAUUCACGGGUUCCAGAAUUUACUUCUAGUUCCAAAGAAGCUGAAAUAUUAUCAACCAAUCAAUUGUUACAUCAAACAUGUUUACAUUUAGCUUAUCAAUUAGUAGCUGAUUAUCUUUCACCUGAUUUAUACAUUAAGCUUCAAGAAAAAAUUGGAUUAAAAACGAUUGAAUUCAAUUUGCCGGAUAUGAAUUCCACUGAAAAUAUUGAUCCUAUUGAUGAUAAAUCUAUCCAGAAGUCAUUUGAUUCGAAAAAUUAUCAACCCAAAGAAGACUAUUCUUCAGCAUUAAAGUUAAAUGAAUCAAAGAUCAAUGAGUCAACUGUGAAGAAAGCGAAAAUUCCAAAAGGUGUACAAUCCAUUACAAAUUUCUUCAAUAAAAAAUAGAAGAAGAAGAAGUAGAAGAAGAAGAAGAAGAUAAUGUUGAAGAAGAUCUCACAACCAUUGAAUAAUUCAAUCUUCAUAUCUAACUAUUUUCCAACGUUUCAGGUAGAUCACCUAAGAUGUAUAAAAAUUCAUUAUAUAAAUGAUUAUUGAUUAUUUGAUGAUUUGACGAUGAUGAUGAUGAUGAUGUUGACGACGGUGAUGAUGAUGUUGACGGCGACGACGACGACGAUGAUGAUGAUGAUGGUUGACUGAUAUCAUUGGAUACAAAAUCAGAAUCUGUUGAUGGUGAUGAUGAUGAUGUGGAGGAUGAUGGUGAUGAUGUUUUGACUUUAGUCCAAUCAUCAAUAUUAUUCACAUUAUUAUUGGUUAUUGUUAAAUGUUUAGAUUGAUAAUUAUGAUGAAUAUAUUGAUUAUUUAUAUCGAAUUUUAA